CACAGUCCAGAACCAGUUCUUCAGCUCACGAAAUGAACUCAACAGUCUGGAUUGUGGAUAGCUAUGAAGAAGCUCUUGCCAAAAACAUUGUGAUUGUUUGUCUUGGUUUUAUCAUUAAUUGCAUCAACGGAAUGUUAGUAGUGACUUUUUUUUCUAAUCUAAUGUUUUCAAGAGACUCCAGAUACAUUUUAUACAUUCACCUGGUAAUCAAUGACAUGCUCAUGAUAUUUGUAUCAGUGACUUUAUAUGUGUUGUCCUACGCUUCACCACUUGUUAAUGUUUCGUGGUGUUGCAUAUUGAUGGCUCUUGGUGCAACCACCUUUAUGAUCACUCCUUUGAAUCUGGCUGGUAUGGCCAUUGAAAGGUUCAUUGCGAUCUGUAAACCACUGCAUCACUCUCAGAUUUGCACUCCACAAAGGACCUUCAUCUUCAUAUGUUUGCUAUGGGUUUUAGGUGCUAUGCCUUCUCUAGUAGAUAUCAUUAUUUUAUUUUCAGUUCAGCCCAUAUCUUUCUUCAGGUCUCUUAUACUUUGCUACUCAUUCAAUUUGUUUCCUUCCAAAGCCCACCGGGACAACACCACUGCUUCACAAGUCAUCUAUAUGUCUUUGGUGUGGAUAAUUCUCAUUUAUACUUAUUGCAGAGUCCUGUUCACUGCCAGAAAGGCAGUUUUAAAGGGUUCAGCUAAUAAGGCUCAGAGUACUAUACUGUUGCAUGGUAUCCAGUUACUUCUUUGUAUGCUUUCCUAUAUCACCCCUUUUAUGUACUUAACUAUUACUCCUUUUUUUCCUCAUCACAGAACUAAGAUCACUUUCUGUAUUUAUCUGCUCACAAAUAUUAUGCCUAGAUUACUGAGUCCUUUGAUUUACGGGGUCCGAGACCAGAAGUUUGUGAAACAAAUGAAGGACUAUUUUACAUGUAGAGUUAUUAUUGUAAAGAUUGUGCCAUCAUAAUUAUCUAUCUAUCUAUCUAUAGUCUGUUAGUCAACAUUGGAAAUUCUGGUCAUUUACAGUUUUCAUGCUCAAGCUUGUUAUUGUUGUUAUUGUUGUCAAGCUUGUGUUUCUUGCUAUUUUGCUGCCUGUCCCUGUACCAGGGUUGCCAGGCAGGUCUGCGUAACAAAACUAGCCCAAUGGCCAUUCAAAUAUAGCCCAAAAGAAAGUCAAUGGCUAAAUCCCAAAAUAAAAACUCAAAAUAUGCCUCUCCCAUAUAUAUUUUACAGUCACUAUUAUGCAAAUUGAUCAUAAACACAGCCCAAAGGCUCCCAGUGCCGAGGCAUAAUACAGGCCUAAUAUUUGCUUGUGCUGUCUUUCUGGCUAAAUAGCAUGUUUUGUUUAAUGCAAUUACUAUACCUUUAAGUAUGUUGUUUAAAAGUGUAAAUAAUCCUAUAUUUUGAAUGCCCCUGUAUAUAUGCAUUCAUUUUUUUUUUCUUUUUCUUCUCCAUCUCAUGUUGCAUGAAACAAUAUGUUCCAGAUCAAUUAAUUUGUAAUUUGGGGGUUUGCUUUUGCAAAGUGAUCUUUUGUGCAAAGUUAAUUACAUAACUGAAAUAAAGGUAAUAGCAUAGUUAACAAUUACUUGUUUGCAUAGAAUAUAUGAUGUAUUUAUGUUAUUUAAGCACAUAAAACCUUAUCAGAUUGACAGAAUCUUACUUAAAGAACUGUACUUAAAAAUGUUCUUAUACUGAAAAAUAUUCUCAUUAUUAGUCGAAUACAUUUUACACAUGGGUAAAUCCAAUUGUUUAAUUUAAAGCUCCUAACUUGUACUUGGCCUUAUGAAAAAGUAACAUUGUUUUAUUAAACCAGUCCAUAAAGUAACAACAGACUCCAUAUCACUGUUCGAGGCAUACUGUUGAGAAAAAGGGUUUAAUAAAUGUAUAUAAAUUAAUUAUUUAUAUAUUGAUAUAAUCGU